AUGGAGUGGACCGCAAUGGAAAUCAACCCAGAGAUGCUGAACAAGAUGAUGGUUAAACUGGGCGUGGGCGGAAACUGGCGCUUUGUGGAUGUUCUGGGACUGGAGGGAGAUCAACUCUCUGCUGUACCCAAACCAUGCUGCGCCCUGAUGCUGCUUUUCCCCCUCACACAACAGCAUGAGUCAUUCAGACAGCAGCAGGCAGACAAAGUGGAUGCUGGCUCUAAGGUGUACUUCCUGAAGCAGACCGUGGGCAACUCCUGCGGCACAAUUGCCCUGCUGCAUUCUGUGGCCAACAACAAGGAACAAAUGACAUUCAAUGAUGACUCUGCUUUAAGGGCCUUUUUGGAGAAGACUGUUGACAUGUCUGCUGAUGACCGUGCCAAAGAAUUUGAGAGCAAUGCGGCGAUCAAAGAAGCACAUAAUGAUGUUGCAGCGCAAGGAGAAUGCAGGCCUGAAGCUGAUAAAGUAAAUUUCCACUUUAUUGCCUUUGUUAAUGUCAGUGGACAACUUUAUGAAUUUGAUGGGAGGAUGAAUGGAGCAGUGAACCAUGGUCCCACGAAAGAGGACACCUUUGUAACGGAUGCUGCAAAGGUUUGCCGUGGCUUCACGGAGAGGGAAGAGGGUGAAGUGCGGUUCUCUGCUGUGGCCUUGUGUCAAAGUUAA